GGGUGCUCGCUUUUGAAGCUUAUUGGCUGCUUCUCUGAACUUUUUUCCCCCCUGAGAGCCAGUCAUUCAGAGGUACAGCUGGCACAGCCUGAUUGUUCUGCCCCACCGAGACCACGGAGCGGACACGAGGGGCCGGGGUCUAGAAGGGCAGAUCUUGUGUCACCAGCGGCUCAGCUGUGUCACCUGCCUGGGACGAGACCUGCGUAAUGCCGUCAGCUGAGAGAAACGUGGGCUCCUGCUUCCCUUGACCUUUCUUCACCUUGGAGAAGUGCAGAAUGGAUCGUGGUUGGUAACUCCACAGCUCCUCGGCCUCGGGACAGUGAGGGAAGUCCAGCAGGGCUUGUGGUGGGAGCGAGGGAGCUGAGCUGGGCUGCUCUGCGGCAGGCUUACACAUUAAACCAUCGUAUCAAACGCGCGCCGCGCUCUGACGAGAAAUGUAACCCGAGGAGAAAGGACACCAGUGUGUUUGAGCACGCUGAGGGAUUCUUGUAUGACUUGUUACUCUUUCAGUGCUGUAGCCUGAGCAGGUCUUACUGGUUUUUACCGAAGCGGUGGGAGCUGAAUGGGGUGUGGGCUCGUUUCUGUUCGUCCACAAGCAUCUCUACAAUCUUCUCUUCUCUUUUUUAAUUUCCCCCUGGAUAUAAAUCAGAGAAAUUGUGUCCAUCGAGUUUGCUGCCACCUGGGCUCAACCCAGCUGAACCAAUUUUGGAGGAUACCCUUGCUGCAAUCAUCUGGACGUGCUCCUAGGAGGAGAAGAAACUAAAGGAAUUUGGCAUCGUUGCUGUGGUUUGAGGAAAAACAUUCCUUCUGGCUUUGGAGAGAGCUUCAAAGAGGAUCUGUGUCAUGUCCUAAUCUCCCUCCAUUUUCCUGCUGAGCAUGGGGUAACAGCGUGUGACCAUGGUGGUCACCCAGUUACAGCUGGAACUGUGCUUCCAUGGCAAGAAGCUGAGAGGUUUCACCUGCAAGUUGACCAGGUCAGCCAGUGGAUUUCUCCCAGAGACUUCAUUCUCCAUUGCCUGCCAGAUUUUUGUGCCGUUCCUUCUGGCUGGCUUGGGAAUGGUAGCUGCUGGCCUCUUGAUGGAUGUUGUUCAACACUGGGACGUGUUCAGGACAAUUACAGAAGUGUUCAUCCUGGUUCCUGCCCUGGUUGGCCUGAAGGGUAAUCUGGAGAUGACACUGGCAUCCAGGCUCUCCACUGCUGCUAACACUGGGCAGAUGGAUGAUGCCCAGAAACAAUGGAAAAUGGCCACCUGCAAUUUAGCCCUUAUCCAGGUCCAGGCCACCGUGGUGGGACUGCUGGCUGCUGUUGCUGCUGUGAUCCUGGGAGCCAUCUCCAAGGGCUCUGUGGAGCUGAGCCAGGCUGCUGUGCUGUGUGCCAGCAGCGUCACCACGGCCUUCAUAGCUGCACUUUCCCUUGGUCUGGUGAUGAUUGGUGUGAUCAUUGGAGCAAGGAAAGUUGGGAUCAAUCCAGACAAUGUCGCCACACCCAUAGCAGCGAGCCUGGGAGAUUUGAUAACCCUUUCCCUCCUCGCAGGAAUCAGCAGCACACUCUUCAAAUACAUAGAUGUGAAGUACCUUUCUCCUCUGAUCUGUGCUGUAUUCAUUGUCAUGAUCCCUCUCUGGGUUGCUAUUGCCAAGCAAAGUCCUUCCCUGGCCGAAGUCCUGAAGUCUGGCUGGCAGCCGGUUAUUGUUGCCAUGAGCAUCAGCAGCAUUGGUGGGCUCAUCCUGGACAAAACUGUAACUGACCCAAACUUUGAAGGCAUGGCAGUUUUCACACCUGUCAUUAAUGGUGUUGGAGGGAAUCUGGUUGCCAUCCAAGCUAGCCGAAUUUCUACAUUCCUGCAUUUCUGGAGCAUGCCUGGGGUUUUGCCAUACAAAAUGAGGCAGAAUUGGCCCAACCCAUGCACUACAUUCUUCUCAUCAGGGGUGAAUUCCAAGUCAGCCCGGGUCCUGUUCCUCCUGGUUAUCCCCGGGCACCUCGUGUUCCUCUACACCAUCCAUCUGCUGCAGGGAGGCCACACGUCCCUGUCCUUCACCUUUGUGAUGUUCUAUUUGGCUGCUGCUUUGCUGCAGGUGGGGAUCCUGCUCUACGUGGCCGACCUGAUUGUGCGCCUGAUGUGGAGGAAGGCUCUGGACCCAGAUAAUUUCUCCAUCCCCUACCUCACUGCCCUGGGUGAUCUCCUGGGCACUGGGUUCCUGGCCAUCUGUUUCCGCCUGGUUUGGCUCAUCCACGGCACAGAUAUGAACCUGGGCAACUGAGAGUGCCUGUGCCGCUCUCUUCCCUCGUGCUUCCCUCCGGGACACCGGGGUACGGGGCACUCGGUGUUUCCCUCUGGGACACGGGGGUGCCUGGCACUCGGUGUUUCCCUCCAGGACACGGGGGUGCCUGGCACUCGGUGCUGGCUCACCCGGCUGGGCUGGGCCUCCCCUGCCACCCCGACACCCCCCUGCCCUCCCCGUUGUGCCUUACAGCCCCGAGGAGUCAGCACCCACAAACUCUGCCCUGCCCGUGAGCAAAGCAGAUGGAAGGUGUGAGCACCCGCUGCUCACUGCUGCACCUGGCAAACAAGGCAACAAGGAACAUUUGGGCCUCUGGGAAGGAAGGAAGGAAUUCAAGAAGGAGCAUUUGGGCCGUGGUCUCAAUCCCCAGCAUUGACACAGCCCCGAGGCUGCCCCAAAGCCUGCCGAGGUCACUGCCUCUGAUCUGGAUCUUGCAGCCCCUCCAUCACACCCUGACUUUCCACCAAGGGAAAUUCUUUAUUCACCCCACUUUUCUCCCGCUCCUAAAGUAGCAGAGCAACCAGGUCUUUAAAUUUGUCUUGUCUCCAUGGCUCAGAGGCUCAGGAUCUGAGGCAGUGUGCUGCUGGCUCAUGCCCAGUGGGAGGUUAUUUAGGGAUACCACCUACCUGCCCUGACAGCAUUGCUGGUGUCUGACCAAAAAGCUGGUUAGAUUGCAUUUUGAGGGCAGGAAGGUUUGUUUUUACGGUUUAUGAAAUGUCCAGUAAUCGAAAUGUUUAUAGAAACACACACAUAAAUAAAGUGGGUAAAAAAAAAAAA